AUGGGUAGUUCUCUAUCUGGUUGCAUAAGUUACUUCUUUGCUGAUGAUUUAGCUGGAAUCAUGGCUGGUCAAUUAGGAAUAAAUUAUUCAUCUCAAUGUCUUGAUUUAGAAAAAAGAGUUAAAAUUUUUAUUGAUCAACUUGAAUAUUAUUCCUGUUUAACUAGUCAGCCUAUUAAUUUCAAUAAAACUGAAGCUAUGUUUAGUGCACGAGCAAUUGAUUAUCCGAAUUUCGUCAUUAAUUUUUGUCAUGAAACAAAAGAAAUAAUUGAAUGGGUUCCAGAAUAUAAGUAUCUUGGUUAUCUAAUUUCAUCAAAGUUAGGUUGGGGUAAAUUUUUAAAAUUAUGCAUUUAUUCUUCACCACUUUUUAUGACUUCGCCAAGUCUCUUAGGAAUUCCAUCAAUCGUGUUUUUACCAUCAUUAUAA